UAUUUCGUCAUUGCACAUUCGAUCCGGGAGUACGGUUACGUUGAAAAAUUUCGGUGUUGACAAAUUUCUUGUUUUCAAGUACCCAAACAAGCGGCUAGGCAGUGUUCAAGCUCCACUUAGAUACUACAAAAUAUAAAUAUGAAACCGUGAAAACCGUCGUGAACUUUUACCCCAUCCAAGUUUUCUCACGCCACUCCGUCUCCUCCGGUAACGAAUAACUGCGAAUAACUGCCAUUUAAAUGAAUUGCGAAAAGGAUUAGAAUAUCCAAAAAUUCGAUAAAAUUUUUGAAAAAGUGAUAUCUUUCAUAUUGAAGAAUUCUUAAGUGCAUUGCCGUCAUGACUUAAUUCCCGAACAGGGACGAAUCUUACCCCUAAGAUAUACAGUAUACCACUCAAUGACCAAAAUGAUGCUGUAGGAACGCUGGCAGCUGUCAUCCUAACAGGUCCAUCGUAAUGGCCAACAAGAUGGAUUAAUCACUAUUGUUAUGCGGAAUGGACUUGAUGUUCCAAAGAAAGAUUCGGUUUUUGAGUUUUUUUGUAUCGAAGCAACACAGAAAAUCACCAUGUUAUUCGAUUUCUUCAGAAACCUGUUGGGUUGGUCAGAUAAGAUCACAAGGAAACGGCGGGCGGAUAAUUUGAGCAACUCAGAUGAGGAUAUUACGCGAGGUAAAAGGAAGCGGUGGGGAAAUGAUUUGAACAGCUCAGAUUUGGGUACUAAGCGAGUUAAAAGGGAACAGUGUAGCUUCGAGAUGAGCCAUCGCCUGGUCACACCCAAUGUUUCCCAAUACAAUUCUGAUGGAGAUGACGACGUCCAGAUUGUUUCAAUAACAACUCCCGAAACUUCUGCCUCCAAAAAAUUAUCUAAUGGGACUAAUUUUAAGAAAACUCAGGGUUGUUGUUACGCCAAACUUGCAACAACCGUGAGAACACACGUUAAAUCCAUCAAACCUCAAUGCGCUAAACAUAACGGAUCAGCAAUGGAUUCAUUUGCAGAGAAUAGUAAUCCAAAUGUCUUCACUGACAGUAAGGACUCAACAUUGAGCAAAACGCAUAGAUUGCGGGAAAAAACACAGUAUGGACAGAUGCUGCAGAAUUCUUUCACAUCGCGAAUACAGAUACUGGGCAAAAGAAGUGAUGAGAAGAACUUGAAAAAAACUCCACAAGUUAUAAAUCUGGAAAAGUCUGAACCGAAACAGUACCAACGUUGUGGAUCCUCAAUCAGAGAAUCGUUGUUUUAUUCCACAGUAUUGUCACGGAACCCAUCAAAAGAGAUGUCCAGAAUAAAAACCAUGACCGAGCAGUAUGAUCCAAGCUGUCGAAAAUCCAUCUCGGUCACCAAACCUCUCAGCUCUGAAGCUGGUGCAUCAUCCUCUUCUUCCUCCAAAGCUGCGUCGCAGCAAUCCUUUGGUUCUCAAAGCACAGUUUCAAAUUCCUUGCGGGAUAAAUUUUCUUCAAAAAUAGUUAUGAAGGAUAAUUUUAUUCCGGAACUCACCAAACGCUAUGACGAGCGCAUUCAAGAACAAAACAGAGAAGCUCAAGAAUUAAUGAAGAAAACUAGUCUUCUGGCUAAGCAUAAUAGACUGUUCAGAGAAGCAGGUCUAGAAGAACAGCUUGCACGUUCUAUGCGGCUGUGUGAAGCUGUUCUCGAUGACAGAGAAGAACCAGAAGAAGAGCCACUGCCAGUUCUCACACCUGAAAUGUUACAAGAGAUUAGGCAAGCUCUUGUCCCUAAUCCACCCAAUCAAGUUGUUGCGCAAGGGUUUGGGCUGCAAAUCACGAGGAAUGAUCUUCAUACUUUGGUUGGUUUGAACUGGCUGAAUGAUGAGAUAAUUAACUUCUAUAUGAAUCUAUUGAUCGUCCGCGGCGAAAGUGGCAAUUUUCCAAAAGUUCAUGUAAUGAAUACUUUCUUUUACCCAAAACUGCUUUCUGGAGGUCAUUCGUCAUUGAAACGGUGGACCAGAAAAGUUGAUAUAUUCUCAAAAGACUUGCUCAUUGUUCCCAUACAUCUCGGAAUGCAUUGGUGCAUGUCGAUAGUAGACUUUCGGGAUAAAUCCAUUCGGUACUUCGAUAGUAUGGGAGGCACCAAUGUAAAGUGUCUCAACGCCUUGAAACAGUAUCUCCUCGACGAGAGUCUGGACAAAAAAAAGCAGCCUUUCGAUAUGACUGGCUGGAAGUUAGAAUGUGUAAAAGAUGUUCCACAGCAGAUGAAUGGGAGUGAUUGCGGUGUGUUUUCGUGUAUGUUUGCAGAAUACAUAUCUGGAAACAAGAGACUUACGUUUACUCAGAAAGACAUGCCGUAUUUCAGAAAGAAAAUGGUUUACGAAAUACUUAAAUCUAAACUUUUAUAACAGACUGUAAAAUAUUAUUUAAAGGAUCACCAAUGAAACUCAUGUUUUUUUAGUGCUGUGCAGUCGCAAUUAGAACUAUGCACAACGAUGGUAUACACAUACUGUAGACCAAGUAACAAAUUGAAAAUUUUAUUUGGGGUCGAUUUCACUGAUUUCUCCGUUGACCUCCUGUAAUGAAUGAACGAGGAAUUUUCAUCAGCUACCAUCAAUGGCGUGUACCCGAAUUAAUUACACGCUCAUUGGUUUACAAAGUAGCUAUAAAUUGUAAUGAUAAGCAUUAGACUUUAAUGCACAUAAGAAUAAUAACAUAAAAUUUGAUUAUUGUUAAUUUUCCACGCUUCUGACAGCCCUUAUUUACUAUUUUGGAACGAAAAAGGGACUAUCAUAGUAAGAAUAGAAGAAAUUUUCCAUUUCAUGUUCAUAUGAAUUCGUCAUUUGUGCGUCUCAGAUUUGUAAAUUGAAUAUCCGUAAUAAAAUGCCGACUAAAUCAA